AUGUAUCCUCUGACCCCAGACAAUCCUAGUCUCGGAAGCUUAUCUACUGAGAUUGAUAAUAUCUACAAGAACUAUGCAACAAAUGGCGGAGAUCUGGCACGCAGCCUAGAUUCUACUCCUGAUGAGCCAACUUAUGUGAGCUCUCCUUACUUAUCUGUCAACUUGCACGCAGACGAAGACCAUAGAGCGUCAUCAAACCUCGGUGGACAGAGUGCACCAGGAACACCAGCCUCAUCGUCAUCGUUCGAUUUUAAUUCUGUCCCUGUCCCUCAGGGUUAUACUAAUUCUUCUUUGAAUGUUCUCGUCGACACACCUUCUACUGAAUCCGCAUACAGGCUGUUGAUAUCCUCGGCACCGUUGAUCAAUAGUGGACGUCCAGGCAGUACCAAUGCGAGGAAAGGGAGCUUUAAAGAGCUGGAUGAUACUGAUGGGGAUUCGAGAGACGAAGAAAUAGAUGUGAUCGAGGAGCCUUCUUCAGAUGCUGUGUCAGGAUUGGGCACAAAUGAAUCUAAAGACGAGUGGGUCGAGAAAGGUGCCGCUGAACGAAUUGUCCCAGGAGAAGUCUCUGCACAAGUGAUCCGUCGAACUGUUGAGGAUUUUGAAUUCGGCAGGGAUCUUGGAGAAGGCUCUUACUCAACUGUGGUUCUAGCAACAGAUAAAAUUACGGGGAAAAAGUAUGCUGUGAAGAUCUUGGAUAAAAGACACAUUAUCAAGGAGAAAAAGGUGAAGUAUGUGAACAUAGAGAAGCAUGCGCUCAACAGACUUAGCAAAUGUCCAGGAAUAAUCUCCUUGUUUUUUACGUUCCAGGACAAACACUCUCUUUACUUUGUUCUCGAUUUUGCUUCGAAUGGCGAACUUUUAAACUUAAUCAAAAAGUAUGGUACCUUAAACGAGGACUGUGCAAAGCAUUUGAGUGCUCAGAUUCUUUCAGCAAUGAAGCAUAUGCAUAACCACGGGGUCAUCCACAGAGACAUAAAACCUGAAAAUAUUUUGUUGGACGAUAAGUUUCGCAUUAAAAUCACCGAUUUUGGGACAGCAAAAUUACUUGAAAAGAGAAAGAAAAACGAGAGUGAAGAAGAAGAAGAGUAUCCUGUGGAUGUGCGGGCCAAAUCUUUUGUGGGUACUGCUGAGUAUGUCUCCCCCGAAUUGUUGGAUAGCAAAUAUUGCGGCAAACCUGGUGAUAUCUGGGCCUUUGGCUGCAUAUUGUAUCAAAUGAUUGCAGGAAAACCUCCUUUUAAGGCACCCAAUGAAUACUUGACCUUCCAAAAGAUCACCAAGCUUCAAUAUGCAUUUAGUGCUGGCUUUCCUCUCAUUCUCCGUGACUUAAUCAAACAAAUUUUAGUGUUACAACCAUCUCGAAGGGCAACGAUUGAGCAAAUACAGAAGCACUAUUUUUACAAUGAUAUUGACUUCAGUGACGAUGCGCUGAUUUGGUCGGCAGAGUUGCCUGAAUUAGGGCCUUAUAAGGCUUCCGCGAAGUCAAUGAUGAAAAUGCCAGCUCAAGCAAAAUCGAAUGUUAAGCAAUAUGCGUCAACCAACAAAAAGCCUACCGGAAGACAGAACAAAGCAUCUUCUAAACGCAAAGUGGAAGGAGCAGACGGUAGUAAAGGUUUCAGUGCAGCUAGUGUUGCUGCAUUAGUACUUGACAAGUCCGAAGAUGAUCAUGAACAGGAGAGGAAACAGAAACCUUCUCCAGCAUCUGGAAACAAUUCUUCUAAGACACAAACUGCUCCAGAGUAUAUUCCGGGCACUAACAUCUUAAGACCUACAAUCCAUACCAUGGCUAGUUUCUCUAGAAAGCUUUCUCAUGCAAAAUCUGAAGCUGAUGUACUGAAAAAGCCGAAGUCGAGAGUUAUGAGUGUGAAAGCAGUUUCUGCAGUGGAGGUUGCGUGGCAAAAAUUUUUGCAAUCGCCUUCAGAAAGAAUUUUAAAUGUCGGACAGGCUGUAGUUUCCAAACAGCCUAGUGACUUCUUUGAACGAAGGAAUAGAGGUCUUAUCCAUGAUGCUCCUUUGGGAUUAGUCAACAAACUACAAGCAAUGGACAAUCGUGAUAGCGGAAACUCGAUGCUUUCUCAGAUAGCACAAGGCAGUAGAGCAUUGCGCGAGUCUACGUCAAGUGACGCAAGUCCCAAACCAUCUGCGAAACUGGAAAGCUCGGCCAUAACAUAUUUUGUUGAGGAAGAAGAUAGUGGGAUUGAUUCAAUCCCCGAGGAUCAGGCGGCAGAAGCUAGUCCUUCCACGCAUAGUAAACUUGGAAAAGGCCUUUUCAAAAAGCUUUUAUCUCACAGUGACAAGAAGCAGGAGGCUUCAUCUGAUAACCACUCAACCUCGUCGAGCGGAAGUACCAAUAGCCGAAAAACGAGUCUUUCCUUAGACAAAGGUCGAAAUUGCACAAUCAUAGUCACUACGCAUGGUCGGUUGUUAAUAUUGACACGUGAAGACCCUAAUGCCGAGUACAAGUUGAUUGUAGAGGUGCGCCUUAAUUACCCAUUUAUCAAGUUUAAGGAAAUUGUUUCAAACACAGGGUCUAAGUUCAGCAAAUUUAUUCCUUCUACAGGCACGUUUGCAGUACAGGCUCUUCAAACUGUCUUCAUCUUUGAAGUCGAAAAGUAUGAAGUAAACAAAUGGACAGAGGUAUUGGCCAAGAGCAAAAUCAAUCAAUACGAACGUGACUAUGAAGAUGAGGCGAGGCGGAGGCUGACUACUCUGUCACUGCGGAAUUCAGAUCAGACUGACUCUACUGUUGGAAAUUCCAAUUCUGCUUCUAAAGCUCAGAGUUCGACACCGGCAGAUUCGAGUUCUGAGAAAGUUUCAGACCGCUACCAAGCCACCCCUUCUAGUCCUGGUCCUCCUCUGUCUAAUGUUGAACAAAAAGAGAGGCUGCAGCCUCUCAUGCCUUCGAAAUGGAAGAAUAGAAGGAGCACUAAGAAAAGACCUCCCCCACCUCCUCUUUCACCUAGUGGAUUAGGGUUAGAGGGUGAACGAGGUGAAAUUAGCACAGUCCAUGCUGCACAAUUGGCUGUUUCACAGAGCAAUUAUGUCAUGACAGAGAACCGCAGGUCCAGUUUCUCUAGAGAAGGGCGCCGUGAACCAACACCACCGUCCAGCUACAGACUGAGUUCCACUCAAAGUCCAAGAGGGAUAGUGACGUCGCUGAAUUCAAAGUUUCUUGCCCGUUCAAGGGGCAAAAAGUAA